AUGUCUGCAAAAUCGGCGAACAGUCCUGCCGCAGUGCCAUCAACUGUACCAAAUAUCGGCCUAGCAAGGCUAUAUACCAUCAUCGCUGGCUUAUGGUUUUGUCUUUUCGUCUCCGCUUUAGAUAGUACCAUCGUGACAACCGCACUCAUCAAGAUCUUGAGUGGCUUCAACGCAUUGGAGCAAGCAGCAUGGCUGGUCACUACCUAUCUUCUGACAUACAACAGCUUUCUCAUGAUCACCGCUAAGCUCAGUGAUGUGAUCGUCUUCCGCGCGUUUCAAGGUAUUGGAGGCUCCGGUCUUUACUCGCUCACUUUCGUAUCGAUCCUAAAGCUCAUUGUGCUGGAGAAGAUUGGCUUCUACACAGGUGUCAUCAGCUCUGUGUUCACUAUGUCCAACCUUCUGGGGCCGCUACUUGGUGGCAUCAUUGCAGAUCAGACGACAUGGCGGUGGAUCUUCUUCAUGAAUGGCCCAAUUUGUGCCGUUGCGAUGGUGUUGAUCUUCUUCUCUAUGCCCAGUCUGAAGGACGGCAAGUCAAAUGCUGAGCGCAUCCGCGGCGUCGAUGGUAUCGGUGGCAUCCUCUCAGCAUGUUGGCCGAUACCGCUGAUCUUUGCAUUGCAAGAGGCUGACGGAACCCAUCUUCCAAUGCGCUUUUUGCACAUUCCGUCGAUGGCACUCAUUCUGUUGAGCAUGUUCCUCCUUGGCAUGCCCUUCUACGUAAUCUUCGUCCAGCUCCCCCAACGCUUCCAAACCGUGAACUUCACCACCGCCGAACGCGCAGACAUCCUGCUCCUCCCCUGCACCCUUGUCUCACCCGUCGGAGCCAUGGCCGCCGGCCUCACCGCAAAGAAAGUCGCAACAGAAUACGUUCUCAUCCUAUCCGCGGCCAUCGUAUGCAUUGGCACAGGCCUCAUUGGCAGCUUACCAACCCACGCACAUCUCUGGCCUGGCAUCUACGGCUAUGAGGUCAUCGUUGGUUUGGGCUUGGCUCUCGCAAGUCCUCCGUACUUCAUGUUGCUGGCGAUGUCGAUUGCCGAGAAGGAUAUCUCUGUCGGCACGGGCGCCUUGAACAUGAUGCGGACGCUAGGCGGUUGCGUUGCGGUGGCUAUCUGCACGGCUGUGCAUCGCGAGUAUACUUCCGAUAGACUCACUGCAUACCUUUCGCCGGAGCAGAUAGCCGCCGUUCAGACAUCGAGUGCUGCGCUUGCGCAAUUGCCGGAGACGUUGAAGAAUGAAGUCGCAGGGAUUUUUGGCGGGAGCUAUAACCGCCAGUUCCUUAUCAUACUGGCGUUCACCGGUCUGAAUUUGCUUGUUUAG